AUGGCCGACUUUAUUAAAAAUACAUUACGGAGUGCUGGUCCCGACGGUGUCGUCGUAUUCAGCAAGACGUGGUGCCCAUACUGUGCCAAUGCAAAGGAUGAUCUUUCAAGCAUCGGAAUUGCCCCCAUCGUUGUGGAACUUGAUAUGCGAUCCGACGGUGAAGAUGUCCAAGCGGCUCUGCUGCGAAUGACUGGACAACGAACGGUGCCAUCGGUUUGGGUAGACGGUAUGCAUAUCGGUGGUAGUAGUGAUGUCUACCAUCAUGUUCGUCAAGGUGGCUUAUUCCGUGACAGAAAAAAUGAUAUCGCCGCAGGGAAAGUAUACUGA